AUGGCAGAUGCGCUUGCUUCGCAGCUGAGUAGCGCGAAGCUAGGAGAAAAUAACCACUCAGAGAAAUGGAAAGAACAUUUAAAAGCACCCCCAAAAGACACGCGAACUCAAACUGAGGAUGUCACGGCAACCAAAGGGCUGGAGUUCGAGGACUUCUACAUCAAACGGGAAUUGAUGAUGGGGAUAUUUGAGGCUGGUUUCGAAAAACCCUCUCCCAUCCAAGAGGAAACUAUACCAGUUGCCCUCACUGGACGAGAUAUCCUCGCACGCGCCAAAAAUGGGACAGGAAAGACUGCGGCGUUUGUGAUACCGACGCUAGAACGAACCAACCCCAAAAACUCCAAAACGCAAGCCCUUAUUCUCGUCCCCACUAGAGAACUCGCCCUCCAAACCUCCCAAGUCUGCAAAACUCUCGGUAAGCACCUUGGUAUCAACGUUAUGGUAACAACAGGAGGAACUGGCCUCCAGGAUGAUAUUAUACGGCUGAAUGAAGCCGUCCAUAUCAUUGUUGGCACACCCGGCAGAAUUCUGGACCUCGCCAGCAAAGGAGUUGCAGACUUGUCAGAGUGUUCGACUUUCGUGAUGGACGAGGCCGACAAGCUCCUAUCGCCUGAAUUCACUCCAGUCAUUGAGCAGCUCCUCUCAUUCCACCCCAAAGAUCGCCAAAUUAUGCUUUUCAGUGCCACCUUCCCAUUGAUUGUCAAGUCGUUCAAGGACAAACAUAUGAGGAAUCCUUAUGAGAUCAACCUCAUGGAUGAACUCACCCUUCGGGGUAUUACCCAAUAUUAUGCAUUCGUCGAGGAGAAGCAAAAAGUCCACUGCUUGAAUACUCUCUUCUCCAAACUCCAAAUCAACCAAUCCAUCAUUUUUUGCAACUCUACCAACCGUGUCGAACUACUUGCGAAGAAAAUCACCGAACUCGGCUAUUCAUGCUUCUAUUCUCAUGCUAAAAUGUUGCAACAUAACCGAAACCGUGUGUUCCACGACUUCCGAAAUGGUGUUUGCCGAAACCUGGUCUGCUCGGACCUGUUGACGCGUGGGAUCGAUAUUCAAGCUGUGAAUGUUGUCAUCAACUUUGACUUCCCUAAGAAUGCUGAAACGUACCUUCAUCGUAUCGGUCGUUCGGGUCGAUUUGGACAUCUAGGCCUGGCUAUCAAUCUUAUCAAUUGGGAAGACCGGUAUAAUCUCUAUAAGAUUGAGCAGGAGCUGGGUACGGAAAUUCAGCCUAUCCCUCAGUCCAUCGACAAGAAACUAUAUGUUUAUGAUACACCCGACACAAUUCCCAGGCCAAUUACAAGUACACCAACCCAACCGCCAAAGCAGCAGCAGCAGCAACAGCAACAGCAAGCCUCUGCACCUGCACAAUAUCCCAACAACCCAGAAGGUCACAGUCGCAGGCAAGGUCAUUCCCAAUACCCCUCCCAUAGAGGUCGUGGUUCCUAUCGUGGAGGCCGUGGCCAAGGGCAUAGAGGUGGCCAUGCAGAAAAUCAUCGUCAAAAUGGAACUGGACCGCGGCCAAAUGCUGCCGCGUCCGCACCUGUGUCAUAA